AUGCAUUGCCCCUUUACCCUGUUCUAUUUUGUAACGUUAUUAUUUAAGCUUUUUUCUUUUGCAAUAAGAAAUUAUAAAAAAUAUAAAGUAAGAACCUAUAUUGCUUUAUCAGCACAAAGGGGUCCUAAGUAUUACUUGUUCAGAAGCAGUUGUGAAGAAAUAAAUAUUUUAUCUGUUGAAAAAAAUGCAAAAUUACUUCAGCCUUUUCUCAUACGAAGUAUAGAUGAUAAUGGGUAUGAUGAUAAUGGGUAUGAUGAUAAUGGGUAUGAUGAUAAUGGGGAUAGUGAAAAUGGGGAUAGUGAAAAUGGGGAUGAUAAGGAUGACAUCACGUACGAGGAUAUUAAAGAGUAUUUAAAAAAAAACAAAAUAGAUGAUUAUGAAACAGACGAUGGAAAGAAAGAAAUUAUGAAAAUAAUUAAUUAUAUACCUACUCUAAAAAAUGAAAAUGCCUUUUUUUCCAAAUUUGGCUAUGUGAAUGGGGAAAAGAAAUCCAUGGAAUAUUAUUUUAACGAAAUGAAAAAAUUAAAAGAAGAAAAGCAAAAGAAAAAUUACAACAUUUUAAAUUUUAUUCUGUCUUAUUUUUUAAAAAAAGGACGAAAUUUUAAUGGAUCUACUGCUAUUAACAAAUACAAAAACAUACAGUCUUAUUACUACUACAUAAAUACUCUAAUAAAUCAUAGGGAAGCGGCGCUCACAGUUCCAUACGGGGAACUCUCAAGGAAGGACAAUCUAUUCUCGAACAAGGCGUUGUGCAAGUUCAUAUCGUUUUACUUAAAAAAUGUUUAUAUUAUAAAAUAUGUGUGCUUCGCCUGCUUGAGUGGAACACUAACAUAUGCAAUGAAGACUAUGAUAAGGAGAAUUAAACUCGAAAAUUUAUUUCUUUUAGAAAAUCAUAUAAACUUAAUAUCCUAUUUUAAAAAUAUGCAUAUAUAUAAGAUAGGAUUAUUUUGUUUAUUGAUUAACUUCUUAUGUAUUAAUAAAUACAAUCAGUAUUUUUCAAUAACAGAAGAAUUUUUCUCUAUAUUAUUUUCACAUUACUUUUUUUAUGAAGGUAUAAAUAAUUUAAAUAAGAGAAGCAUAGAAGAAUUUAUGAGUAAAUUUAACUAUACUUUAGAUGAUAUACUAAUUUGCCUAAAUGAUAUUUUUUCGCAAUAUUUAAAUAAAGUAAUAUAUAUUGACGAAAUGAUGGAUGAUAAUACUAUUUCGAAUAUUAAUAGUUUUCUAUCCUUGUAUCAUACGCUAUUCAGAAACAAUAUAGAAAAUAUAAAAAGCAUUACUAAUCUUAUUCUAAAUAAAUAUUAUGCUUACUGUAUAAAUAAAGAUAACUCAAAUAAAGAUGCACUUUCAAGAUUGUACUACAUUUUUUAUAUUAUCAGUCUUAAGUUUAAGUAUGACAUUGUAGAUGUGCACAAGUUGAACAUCAUUAGGGAGAAUACGUACAGUAUUCCAUUCUUCUGUAGGAGCAACAAACUUUCUAGUUACGUUUUUCUCGAUCGUAUUUCGGAGCAUCUGGGAGUAAAGGAGAAUGCAAUUAUUGAUUGUCUUUUAGAAAGGAUGAAAGGUGAUUACAGGGAUUAUAUAAUUUCUGUACUUGACAGCAAGCGUUACUCAAACAAUGUUUUUGAAGACGUUAAUAAAAUGAAUUUUAUAACUCUAGAUACUCGUGUAAUAGAAGAAGUCAACUUGUCAAUUUUUGUCAAAAUGGUCAAACGUAUUAUUGAAGAGGAACAUUAUGAGUCUGUGUAUGUUCAACCGAAUCAGACGGGGCAGAGAAAGGCAGUAGUUAGAGAAGAUGAGAAAGAAAAAGGCAAACAAAAGGAGAGCUAUCAAGAGAAUUAUGAAAACAGAGAAAGAGAGGGGGGGACGCACGACAAAUAUACACCUGAGCAUAAUGUACAAGAUAAGGAUAAUUCAAAUAAUUUGAUAUAUCCACAGAAGGACAUCUAUCUGAAGAAUGGUGAAGAACCCGUUUUAACAUACAAACAUGAUGCUAAUAGAACUAAUAAUACUAUGAAAGGUAAUAGUGAUAGUAGCGAUGUCCAGAGGAAAGAGAGUAAGGAAGAUGAAACGAACGGUGAGGGAGAUGAUCAGACAAACAUUGAUAAGGAAGAUGAGAUUUCAUAUGAGGGGGAUAACGAAGCUGCCUAUGAAGAGGAGGAGGAUGUUGAAGCCAUUGAUAAGCAGGACGAUUUUACAUUCUUAGAUACGGAUGAAAACCUGUAUAAAAACUUAGAAGAAAGUGUCGAUUAUAUAGUAGAGGAUAGUACGAAAAAAUCCGUCGGUAAGGAUAAAGUUGAGGGAGAUCAUCUAGAAAAGAAGAGGAAAGAACUAAGUGAAAAAGAACAAUUAUUAAAAAAGUUGAACGAUAUAUAUUUUUUAAGAAAAUAUUUCAUUAUUGACAAACAUUUUACAGAUAAAUAUUUAGAAAAGUAUUUAUAUCAAUAUAUGUAUAAAGAAUAUAAGAUAUUCAUUAAUAAUUUAAUUUUCAAAAAGAUGAAAAAUAAAAAUGACAAUUUAUUUUUUUUGAAAAGAGGUAUAACUCUGUCAAAUAGGGCUACUGAAUAUAUUAUAAAAAAUAUUAUUAUCAACUUUGUAAUAAAGACAAAAGAAAAUAUUAAUAUUUUUUUAAAACUUGAAAAUAUAAAUAAAUGUUUAAAAUUAGUUGUAAACCUAAUAAAUGUUUAUAAAAAGGUAAAGAAGAAAAGGAAGUACCUCAAGGUCAGUCACAAUAUCUUCAAUUUGGAUUACUCAUUUUCAUGGAAUAGGCAUAGUGAAAAUAACAUGGCUAAUACAGAUGGAUACGAUCAAAAUAAUGGAGAACAAUAUUUCUACGAGAAUGAUGAUGAAACGAUGGAAACUAUGGAAGCAGUGCAAUUAGGUGGGCGAGGAAAACAGGGUAAACGACAGUCAGAAGAUGAUGAUAUGAGAAGUGGAGUUAUGCAAAAUGGAGGUAUGCAAAGUGGAGGUAUGCAAAGUGGAGGUAUGCAAAGUGGAGGUAUGCAAAGUGGAGGUAUGCAAAGGGACGAUAUGCAAAUAGACGAUAUGCAAAGUGGAGGUAUGCAAAGGGACGAUAUGCAAAUAGACGAUAUGCAAAUGGACGACAUACAUGCCUAUGAUAAUGGGAGGGAGUCUUUCAUGCAUGACGUGCAGGUCCCAGAAGAACAGUUAAAACACAACUUACACAAAGAUGAUUUUUCCGAUGAAGUAGGAAAUAAAGAAAUUCUUUUAUUAGAGGAUCGGAAAAAGUUAUAUGAAGAAUUCGUGUUAAAAUACAUGAAGAACGAGUCGGAAAGGAAAAUGUUUAAAAUUAUUUUUAACGUAGAUUACGAUUAUAUAGACAAAGAAAUUGAAGACAAUAUUAUAAAAAGGUUUUUAGAAAAGGUUACUAGUCAAAAUUUAAACGAUUUAAAAAAUAUGGAUGACAAUUUAAAAAUUAUAGGUAAUGAAAAUUUAUUUAAUUAUAAGAAUUUUAAUUUUAAUGAAUUUUUAGAAAAAGAUAAAUCACAGAGAAGUCAUAAACAAGACAACUUGUAUGUUGCCAAUUACAUAAUAAAAAAACAGGAUAUCUUUGAAUGCAUUGAUGAUGAAACUUUUGAAGAUAUAUGUAAAAAAAUGUAUAUAAAUAAACUACUAGUUUUAAAAGAGAAUAUAUAUAAUAGUAGAAAAGAUUUAUAUUUUUAUGAAAUUAUUUUAAAUAUAAAAAAUGCACAAGAAAUACAUGAUUUGUAUUUAAUUGACGAAUAUGAAAAGAUGAUUAAUGAUAUUAUAAAAACAAAUAUUUUAAAUAAAAAUUAUGGAAAUAUUAAAAAUUUAUAUUUAAAAAAAAUUAUAAAUUUUUUAAAUAUAUCUGAAGAGCAAGCAGCAGAUGUCGAACUCUGUUGUAUAUUUAAGCAGACUCAUUCAAUAUUUAGUACAAUUAAGGAAAACUUUUAUAUAUACAAAAGUGAUUCUCAUUUUAUUAAUAAUAUUAAUGAAAUAUUGCUUAUAUAUAAUAACUUUAAUCUUAUAAAAAAAGAGGGUGAAAAAUAUUAUGUGAAGUUUUCCUUAAUUGAACCAAACUACAAUUUAGUACACAGAAUAAUAGAGAGAUAUGUCCUAUACGUAAUAGACAUCAUCAAUGAUGAAAACAGGUUAAUCUAUAAGGAGAACAUUUUCAAAUUAACGAGAAUUCUAAACGUUGACCAUAGCGUCAUUAGUGAUAUAUCCACUAAAAUAUACGAGAAAUACAUCAAAAGUCAAGACCUAAAUGCUAUCAACAACAUGGACUCCUUUUUCACAUUUUUAUUUAACAUGAAUUCAAAGGAACAAAACAAAAUAGUUUUAAACCAUCUAAAAAAAAAACUGGAAUAUUACAUGACGUCUAGUGAUAGUUGCCAGGAAAAAUUGAAAAAUUCGUACGAUUUGUUAACCUUCAUAAACAACAAUUUGAAACUGAAGAAAAAUAUAUUUGAUUUAUCCUCACUGAGUACUGAGAUGAUAUAUGAGUUUUUAACCUUCUGCAUCGAUGACUAUCUGCAUAGGAAAAAGACGGAAUCGUUUAUCGUAUCACAAAACGAUUACAUAAACAACUUGAACAAAUUUUUAAGCAAAAUUAAGACGUUCAUAAAAGGACAAGAGGAAAGUUUUCACCUGACGAACAUUCUAAACACUUUGAAAAGGGACACCAUCAAAAAGGCUAUAGAUUUUUUGGAUAAAUUCAAAUAUGACAUGUGCAUAGAAGAAAUAUACAACUUAAUCAAAUUGCAGAUGGUUAAUAGCAAUAUUAAUUUUGCAGACGUAGAUAUUGAAAAAAGGAAGAAAUUGGUUAAUAUAUUUUCCUACCAAAAUAUUAGCGAUGAGAAGAAAUUCCUCUUCUUGGAUAUUUUAAAUAAGACCUUAUUAUGA